AUGUCGUCCAUUGAGCAUCCGAGUGUCCCUCGAACUCCUCCACCGGAGGAGGUCGAGGUGAACCACGAGGGCCGUGGACAGUCUGAGACCGCUGGGAGCUACGAUCGUCUGGAAGCGAACAACAGCGACGUCGACGUCAACUUCAUAGCCAUUCACCUACGCUCUCCGCCGACGUUUCACGCCACCAAGACGAUGCUCAAGAAAAUCAAAGAUAUUCGAAGCGCCGGAACUAUAGAGAAGAACAUGUAUAAGCCACUUGCUUCUCUCUUGACCAGCAUGAGCAAAGCGUUAUACAAAACCCUUGCCACAGAUGUGCAGGAGAAUUUGCGCCAAAGACACCGCGUUCCUGCUGGCAAAUCUGGACACAUGUCGUUCAUCAACCACUCCUCGUCUGCACCUCUCCACUUUCCCUCGGAUGUCCUCUGCCAUGUCAAGGACGCACCUGAUCUUCUUGGUGUAUAUAACGUUGGAGAUUUUCGUGCUGACGCAGAUGGCAUCUACAAAGGGGUCCCGCAUCACCGUGUCGAGGCCAUCGUGGAGGCCAAGCCCAUAGCGAAGUCCGGCGGUCGUCGUCAGGCCACGACAUACGCGUAUCGUCACCAUCAAGCGCGUCCCGACCACCCCGCUUUCUACUGUCUGGUCGUGAAGCCUCAGUGGUACCAGGUGCUUCUCUCUGACCCGACCGGGGUAGUGGCGUCCCCUGAGACUCCCUGGGAUCACGAUGACCUGCGCCUGCUAGCUGCCUACAUCUACUCCCAUUACGACCCUCCUCGCGGCCACUUCCUGUGGGACGACACGAUUGCAUGGGUUCCCGGAGCGACUCUGGACCAUCCGCCGACAUGGAAGGUCAAGGUCCAGGACCAGUGGUACACCCAGGGUCAGUUUAUUUUCAUAGGUCGUACUACGAUCCUCCGGGUCAGCGACGCCGAUGGUGGGGAGAUUGUGAUCAAGGAGGUAUAUCGUCACCACAAGCGUCGGUUCAAGGAGGAAGUGAUCUUGGCCCACGUUCACGGCGACGGCGACGUGCUGGGAGUUGUGCGCCUUCAGGGUGCGGAACACGUCACGACCAAUAACGAGACGAUCGAGUGCGCUGCGAGCGGUGAAGAGACCAAGCGGACGAAAGAGCGGUUCGCACUGCUCGAUUCCGGCUCCCGUCUUCUGGAUGCGAGGACAGUGAAUGAUCUAUUGGAGGCGGUAUACGAUGCGUUGGAAGUUCACCGCACUGUGCUGCUGGAGCGCAAAGUCCUGCACCGGGACAUGAGCCUGUAUAACAUCCUGAUGUACCCAAAGUGGGGCCGAGUGAGUGGAAGACCUGUCUCCGAGAAGACGCCUGUGUCGAUCCAGGACGUGCUCCGUGGAAGCAAGAGGCCCGCGGAAGAACGGUUUCCUACAUGCCUAGUCAUCGACUACGACAAUGCUGCUAAGUUGGAUUCCAAGAGCGGCGAACUGAAUGAUCGCACGGGGACACCUUUGUUCAUUGCACGAAGCGUCAGUCUUGGAAGAUUAAUCACCGCCACAGAUUCGUUGCGAGGAACGCCCAUGCCAAGGCUCACUGAUGACGCUCUGAACCUGUACAUUGCUGUACAUGGACGGGAGCGGUAUGAUCGGUACAACGACCAGCCUGGAGCCCCCGAAUGCCACGGCGGCCGCCCUCCUACCACAAAUCCUGACGACAUCGACGAAGUACCAAACUUAGCCGCCUUUGUUCAUCGACCGGAACAUGACGUGGAGUCCGUAUACUGGACUAUGGUGUACGCUCUCCUCCGCGCUCAGCCAGUCACAGCUCCAAGAGAGGACUAUGCGAAUCCCGAUAGCGCCGACGUAUGGAAAAUUCUCCUUUCGCAUCACAUCCCGGAUCGCGAAUAUGCAGAAGAAACACGUGAGAGCAUCAUCAACGGCAGAAGGCCGAAGUGGCUUCGUCUCUUUUGGCCAGACAUGCAUGACGUCGCCGUGCUCAUGUCUCGAAUAUCGCAACAUGUUCGUUCAGAGUACGCCCUGUGGGAAGGCAGACUCGAGCGUGAUCACCUACAUGAAGCUGUACAGCGCCUCAUCCUGCAAUAUCUGGUCGAACAUCGCGACACUCCCAUCGAAUUAGAUCCGGAGCGUCCACGCCCUACUGAACCUCUUUCAGCCCACCAGGGGAGCACCCCAAUCCCAACUCGGCUUUCGGGGACGCAAGCUACCGGUGUGGCAGGGCACACUAGAGGUCGGGUUGGAGCAGGACGUGGUUCGGCUGCUAGCCGCAAUCGGGGGCGUGGUAAGGGUUCAAGGCAUGCCGCCAAUCGCAAGGGCAGUACGCAUAAUACCGCUGCUGUUGGCGGACCGUCACAACUAUCCGCACAAUCUCGUGAGCAAGUGACGGCGAACCAGCCGGCAGCUACAGAUGCAAACGCGAAGCGCAAGAGCGACACCAAGCCAUCUCGCUUCAGCAAGCGGCUGAAAGCUCUCUCCGGUGCGCCUGUGCCACCCGCGGGGCAACGCGACGACGGCGACAUCGACGAAUUGUAA